UUUAGCAUGAUUGUUUAAAGCCUCUGCUCACAGGAUGUUGGUUCACCACACAUCAGAUCGGGAGGCUUAAGAAGAAAAAAAUGGCUUUCCACCUUUAACUGUUUGAAACUGUCUUUCUUCACUGCCGGCUCUGCUUUGACUACAACUGCAAAUGGAAAGGUUUAAAAUCUUCCUUUUGACAGUGGCAGUGUGUGUGCUAGUUACAUCUCAAGAAAGCACUACUGAUCCUCCAGUUCAGAUUGCCAAGCCCAGUAUAACUCUGAAUCUAGCUCAUAAGGUGCUGUACAACACAGAGACAGUCACUCUGCACUGUAAUGUCCCUGGAGAACCACCGGGGAUACAGUAUGCCUGGUACAAGGAGUCACAAGUACUUGGUGAAAAUCAGCCCAGCAUCACUGUGGAAAGCAGUGGGAACUAUGUAUGCGAAGCAAAAAAAGGAGCUAUGGUAGAAAGAAGUGAUAGUUACCCUUUAACUCUGGAAGAUCCACCUAAACCACAAAUCCAGUCUGAAUGGACUGAAGCGUUUCAUGGUGAAAAAGUCUCUUUGAAGUGUGUCAUUCAUGGUUCAAACAGCUGGAAGUAUACGUGGUUCAGGGACCAGAAGAUUGUCUCCAUUGAUGGAACAAACAUACAAGGAAACACUCUCACACUCUUGGUUCAGUCCGAUCAUGGCGGGGAGUAUGAGUGUCAAGCUGAGCUGCAGAACAGAAAGGUGACGACUAAAAGAAGCCCACAGCAUUCGUUAAGAGUCCAUGGACCACAGCCAACAAUCCUUCUGAAGCAAGAUCCAUCAUACCCAGAGAUCUACACUGGAGAACAAGUCAGACUCAAUUGUAGUAUUCAAGAGGAGACUUCAAAAUGGCAAUAUAUUUGGGAAAAAGAUUCACGGCAAGUAAACACUGACCCCAGCAAUCCAGUUUACACAAUUCAAUCUGCUUCACUCUCUGAAAACGGAGAAUACUCUUGCCAAGUAAGAAGGGGAGAGAAGACAUCAUCAAAGUCUAGAAAGCUGACAGUAAAAGAGCCACCUAAACCAGAACUGUCAAUCAUGUCUCAAUGGAAAACAUUUUACCAGACUGAAAAACUGACUCUGAAAUGUUCAAUCAAAGAAGAUUCAGAUAAUUGGAGCUAUGAAUGGUUUAGAAAUGGAGCUCCGCUUUCCCAGGACAAGGACAUUUCCUUUUCUGGAAACACACUCUCCAUCAGCUCAGUUAAUGUGGUUCAUGCUGGACAGUACACCUGCAGAGGAAAACAUCAGACGAGAAAACCAGUGACUACAGGAGAAGCUGAAGCUCUGCAAAUUAAUGUUCAUGAUACCACUCCAAAGCCAACAAUUACAAAAAAACAGUGGUUUGAGCCCUUCUACAGUAAGGAGCGAGUACAGCUUAAUUGUAAUAUGCCAGGAGUUGGUUGGGAAUAUCACUGGUAUAAAGGCUCAAAUCGUCUGACCACAAAUCCAGAAUUGACCAUCGACUCAGUAUCUGUCACUGACACUGGUGACUAUCAAUGCAAAGCACAGAGAGGAGACUUCUCAGUGAACAGUGAGACUCUACAAGUGCAAGUUCAAGAUCCACCUAAACCACAAAUCCAGUCUGAAUGGACUGAAGCGUUUCAUGGUGAAAAAGUCUCUUUGCAGUGUGUCAUACAAGAAUCAGAAAGCUGGAAUUAUACGUGGUUGAGGGACCAGAAUAAGAUUGUCUCCAGUGAUGUAACAAACAUAAAAGGAAACACUCUCACACUCUCGGUUCAGUCCGAUCAUGGCGGGGUGUAUGAGUGUCAAGCUGAGCUGCAGGACAGAAAGGUGAUGACUGCAAAAAGCCCACAGCAUUCGUUAAGAGUCCAUGGACCACAGCCAACAAUCGUUCUGAAGCAAGAUCCAUCAUACCCAGAGAUCUACACUGGAGAACAAGUCAGACUCAAUUGUAGUAUUCAAGAGGAGACUUCAAAAUGGCAAUAUAUUUGGCAAAAAGAUUCACGGCAAGUAAACACUGACCCCAGCAAUCCAGUUUAUACAAUUCAAUCUGCUUCACUCUCUGAAAACGGAGAAUACACUUGUCAAGUAAGAAGGGGAGAGAAGACAUCAUCAAAGUCUAGAAAGCUGACAGUAAAAGAUCCACCUAAACCAGAACUGUCAAUCAUGUCUCAAUGGAAAACAUUUUACCAGACUGAAAAACUGACUCUGAAAUGUUCAAUCAAAGAAGAUUCAGAUAAAUUGGACUAUGAAUGGUUUAGAAACGGAGCUCUGCUUUCCCAGGACAAGGACAUUUCCUUUUCUGGAAACACACUCUCCAUCAGCUCAGUUAAUGUGGUUCAUGUUGGACAGUACACCUGCAGAGGAAAACAUCAGACGAGAAAACCAGUGACUACAGGAGAAGCUGAAGCUCUGCAACUUCAUGUUCAUGAUACCACUCCAAAGCCAACAAUUACAAAAAAUCAGUGGUUUGAGCCCUUCUACAGUAAGGAGCGAGUACAGCUUAAUUGUAAUAUGCCAGGAGUUGGUUGGGAAUAUCACUGGUAUAAAGGCUCAAAUCGUCUGACCACAAGUCCAGAAUUGACCAUUGACUCAGUAUCUGUCACUGACACUGGUGACUAUCAAUGCAAAGCACAGAGAGGAGACUUCUCAGUGGACAGUGAGACUCUACAAGUAAGAGUUCAAGAUCCACCUAAACCACAAAUCCAGUCUGAAUGGAGCGAAGCGUUUCAUGGUGAAAAAGUCUCUUUGCAGUGUGUCAUACAAGAUUCAAAAACCUGGAAUUAUACAUGGUUCAAGAACCAGAACAAGAUGGUCUCGAAAGAUGGAACAAUCAUCAUGAUAGGAAACACUCUCACACUCUUGGUUCAGUCCGAUCAUGGCGGGGAGUAUGAGUGUCAAGCUGAGCUGCAGAACAGAAAUGUGAUGACUGCAAGAAGCCCACCGCAUUCGUUAACAGUCCAUGGACCACAGCCAACAAUCGUUCUGAAGCAAGAUCCAUCAUACCCAGAGAUCUACACUGGAGAACAAGUCAAACUCACUUGUAGUAUUCAAGAGAAGACUUCCAAAUGGCAAUAUAUUUGGGAAAAAGAUUCACGGCAAGUAAACACUGACCCCAGCAAUCCAGUUUACACAAUUCAAUCUGCUUCACUCUCUGAAAACGGAGAAUACUCUUGCCAAGUAAGAAGGGGAGAGAAGACAUCAUCAAAGUCUAGAAAGCUGACAGUAAAAGAUCCACCUAAACCAGAACUGUCAAUCAUGUCUCAAUGGAAAACAUUUUACCCGACUGAAAAACUGACUCUGAAAUGUUCAAUCAAAGAAGAUUCAGAUAAAUGGGACUAUGAAUGGUUUAGAAACGGAGCUCCGCUUUCCCAGGACAAGGACAUUUCCUUUUCUGGAAACACACUCUCCAUCAGCUCAGUUAAUGUGGUUCAUGUUGGACAGUACACCUGCAGAGGAAAACAUCAGAAGAGAAAACCAGUGACUACAGGAGAAGCUGAAGCUCUGCAACUUCAUGUUCAUGACAAAACCCCAAAAGCAGACAUUUCAAAACAUGAGUGGUUUGAGUUUUUCUACACUGAGGAACGAGUCCAUCUUAAUUGUACUAUGUCAGGAGUUGGCUGGCAAUACCAGUGGUAUAAAGGCUCAUCUCCUCUGAUCAAAAAUGCAGAAUUGGCCUUCAGCUCAGUAUCUCACACACACAUUGGUAACUAUCACUGCAAAGCACAGAGAGGAGAUUUCUCAGUGAACAGUGAGACUCUACAAGUGCAAGUUCAAGCUCGUCCAGCUGUAUCCCUGAGUCUGGAGACUGAACUGGGUGACAUUAUGACUGGUGACAUGACUCUGAGGUGUAACGUCUCAGACGGAAGACAGUGGAACUACACCUGGUUCAUGAACGGACAGCAGCUCAACGAAACCUCAGAUCUACUCAAAAGGAAAGGAAAUGAGGAAACAAUCAAAAGUGAAUUCAAGUGCAAGGGAAUAAACACAGAGAGACCUCUGUACUCCGCUCUGAGUGACGGCUUCAUAGCCAAUAAUAUCAUAUUCAAAAGGAAGAUCCUGCUGGCCAUCUCCUUAUGUCUCGUCUGCUGUAUUGUAAUCCUGAUCAUUGGAUGCAUCGUUCUAAAAAUCACCCGUAAACCAGAGGUCAAAGAGACGGCACAAGACGACUUGUUUUUCUCGAUGACAGACUCCAAGAUCCAAGCUGCUUCACCCAUGAAGGAGUACAUGGACAACAGUCCGACAGAGCUGGAGGAAUGUCAGGAAAAAGAAGAACUGAUCACUGAUCGUACUUCAGCCGUUCAAGAGGAUGCUGUGAUUAAAGAUGAAGAAACGCCGGCGUCAGAAGCCAAUGGCCUGAUAUCAUUUAAAGGACUCUGAACCGUUUUGCCAGCAAUCACCAUCAUGAUGAAAUUUCUGUAUUUGCACGAGGCACAGCUAAAUGACAUACAGUAUGCUGAUUUUAAAAUGACUGCAUAUAGCACGCCACUUUGUGUAGUGGCAGCUGCUCUUUUGUGUACUUUUAAAGGCUAAAAACCAGCUUGUUUACGGUUUCUAAAAAUGUAAAACUGGACUGUGUUGUGGAGACAUACAGCUGUAAAUAAAGACAGUGAAUGUAGAGCGGGAUGAAUGACAGACACCAAAACAUUACAGUUAUCAGAAGAAAGAAAUAUUGCUGUAUAUAUCUGUACAUACCCAUAACAUCUGAUUCAUAUUGCAAAUAUUACAACACAACACAACAGAAAACAAAAACUAUUGAUUUGUAAUGCAUCUACUGUAGUGGAUCAUUUUGUUAUUGUAAUUUAUUUGCAUGUUGAACAAAAGCUUUUACUUUUUCCUCUGUAUAAGUGCCUUUUUUUCAUUUUGAUCGAAGAUCUUAAAAGUAUUAUGUUGUUUUUUUCUACCUAUUAAAAUCGUUUUAAGUGUUUUGAUUCUGGAUUAUUUGCAUUUAAAUAAACAUGUUUAGUUCACC